AUGAGCAACUUAUUCAAACUCGCCAGAAGAACACUCUUCAACAACAGACAACAAUUAUUAAGAGGUGGUGACCACGGUCACGGUCAUGGUCAUGGUCCAGAAUACGGUUUUUCACCAUCCAUCCAAAAGGGUCUCUCAUUGACCACCAAGAUUGUUGGUUGUGUUGUAUUUUUCUACGUCCCAUUCCUCUCCAUGUCUCACCAAAAGGCCAAGAGAGAAGCUACCUCUGAUUAA